GCUUCAGUGUCGUUGCACUCAAGCGUAAGUUAUGUGCUUCGAUGAUUACCAAUAAAUCCAACUUGUGACGUCACGAAGUGCCGUGUCGCCGCAGUAUGGUACUUUUCUCUCUUUUAGUCAUGUUUUUCUACGCGAGAUAUCAAACAGUCGCGCGGUACAACACGUAAAUUGUGACCAAUAGUUUGGGCUAAUCUAGUUUCAGAACCAAAGUUGUGAUAAAGGAAAUCUUGAAGAAAUCAUAAGAUGAACAGUCCACAUCGUCGUCGUUCAAAAGUUUGGUUGUCAUUCUCAUUGAAAGGCGACAAUGAAGAUAAAGCAGUAUGUAACAUUUGUGGGUUUGUUGUCGAUCGAAGUAAGAUAAUGAAUGCAGACAAAAAAAGUAGUACUCUUGGGAAAAAACUUUGGAAGCAUCUCGACCAAAGUCAUGUAGAAGUGAGCACAAUGCUAUCCGAAAUAGGCCAAGAUGAUGUUCUAGCGGAGAGCAUACUAAACCAAUUGAACAUAAACUCCCUUCAAAAGCAAACGGGCAAGGGAUUUACUUCAAAAAUAUGGGAAUUUUUUGAGCUCAAUAAAAAUGAUAAAAAUAUUGCAGAAUGUAAAACGUGUUCAGUUCAUAUUUCAAGAUCAGCUGAUCGUAAUACAACCUCUAUGUGGAACCACGUCAAGCUCAAACAUCCAGAUCUAUGGAAGGACUCCCAGUUCAUAUCAAAUGAAAUACCUGAAAUUGAGGCCGAAAACACAGACUGCAAUAUUAGAGAUGAAUUUCUUUUAUAUAAUAUCCGGCAAAAUUCAUACAUAUGCAGAACUUGUGGAAUGGUCAUGCGUCUUGAAAGUCCUAAUGAAGAUAUUAAUACUUCAAGAUUGGUAAAACAUUUAGACCAUAUAUUUCAUAAAAGAGUGCAACAUGGUCUUGAGCCACCUAAAAGGAAUCCCAAACUACCAUUUAUUGAAAGCAAGUCAAGUACAAGCAAGUCUGCGAAAACACUUCCCACACCUGUAUCACCAGAAAAAAUUAUCGCUAACAGAGAAGUAGAUUUAGUACACAGCGGUGUUAUGAUGCAUACAUUGUAUAUGCAGCAACAGAUGGACUUGUGCUGCGAUUGCACUAUCCUGAUUCCAGAAAGUGAGAAACCAAAAAAACGUGGCCGCAAGAGAAGAACUGCCAUUCGUAAUGAUGAUGAUGCAGUCAAAUAUUAUGAAACUAAUGCGGGAUAUGAAUUCAAGGUACAUUCAUGUAUUCUUUCUAUUGCUUCUGAUAAAGUGAAAACACUUCUAGAUUCAUCUGACCAAAUUGUGAUGCACGAUGUUACAACGGAUGCAAUGCUAAGCUUUAUUGAAAUUGCAUACUUGGGUAAACUAAAGAAUUUAUUCCAUUUGGAAGAAUCAAAAAUUUGGGAUAUCUAUACGAUUGCUCAUUCAUUCGAUUCUAGAUUGGUUUUGAAAUAUCUAGAGCGGGAAUGUAUAAAUGUAAUUAAAAAAUAUGAAUCUGAAGCAGUUGAUCCACCAACGUUGGUAUCUGAGAUCUCUACUUAUUGUAAUGGCAACGAUAAUGUAUCAAAAAGUGCGAACUUCCUUAAGACAAAAUCUUCAAAGAAACGAAAAAGGCCUCCUCCUGCCCCAAAAUUCAAACUAAAGGUGAAGACACAGCCUCGAAAAAGAAAAAUUAGGAAAAUGGCUGAUAAAAAUCCAACUGAAAAUGGAUACAACAACAAUUUUUCAGAAGAAUGUGCAAUGAAAAUUGACAAAAAGGACAACAGAGCUAAGUUAGAAUCUCAUGAGGUUGAAAAUUCAACUGAAUGCGGAUAUAAAAACAAUUCUUCUGAAGAAUGUGAACAGAAGUCAGACUUGCAGAAGGACGAUUUUACCAAGUUAAAAUUUGCUGAAUAUAGAGAUGACACAUUUGUGGACCAAGAUGAUUGUGAACCAAGAUUUGUAAUUAAAGGCGAUACUGCAAUUUUGCAUGCUAGUUCAUGGGACCAAUUUCCAGGAAAUGAGGAUGACAUUCAACAGUAUAGUGGAGAUACAGAUAAGCCACAAUUGGUAUGACAGUGAUGGCAUGAGGGAGAAACACUGGUCAAAUAUGAACGUGUAUACUCAUUUUGCAUGAAUGUGCGUCUUUUA